UAAAGGGAGGGGAGAGUGGCGGGGAGAGCGGAAUGCAAGUGGAUCUGCGGCGGUGAGCGGAUCAAAGUGAGUUGAGGCUGCGGCUUUGAUUCCAGCUAGCGACCUACACACACACACACACACACACACACAGACGUGUGUUGCAGCUGCGAGCUGGCUGGACUGGAAGCGAUGCCUUGCUGCUUGUGAUUUGGCUUCAGGGGGCGAGCGAGCGAGCGGACGGUGCACAAGAGCGGCUUCGUGAUGCACGGGCUAAAUAUCCACACGGGGAGAGAGGGUCCUCUUGCGCAAUGCCCACGCCGCCAGCUCUCGGAAACCUCGCCCGUGAGCACGUGGUGAUGUGCGUCUCAUUCACCGACGUCCGUCCGAGAGAAGGUCGAGUUCACCGGAAUGCAGCCUUCGGGAAAGCUCUUCGCCGGGACGGAAUGAUCGCCAGCCGGGUGGUCUGACCGCAUCCUCGGCUCCAGGUUCGGGGGAAGAAGGGGGAAUGGCCAAAGCGCUCGUCAGGCUACAGAGAUUCCUGCGGCGUACGCCCGUCAUCUUUGCCUUUCUCCUCGUGGCCUACCUCAUGGCCGGGAGCCUGCUCCUGCUCCAGCGCUCCGGGUUCUCCAUCCCGUUGGGACAACGGACUGCCCCGGACAACGGACAAGCAGCGCCACCCUCUGGCCCGGCCCCCCCGGAGGACCGCGCGGGUCCUGACCCAGACAUCGGCAAGCGCAAGUCCAGGGCUCCCGCCAGCGUGCAGGUGUGGGAGGAGCCGGUCACCAACAGGAAAUAUGGACCACGGUGGCUUAUCUCAGGCCAUCCAGAAAUUGGGCAUCUGAGAAGGAGGUGGUUCAACAGCUUCGUGAAGGAGCAAGAACCAAGGCUACGGUUGGAGAUCGGGACGGUGAAGCAGACCAUCGGAAGCAAAGCAACCCACAUUGGUUGUUUCAGAGAUGAAUCGAAGGAGAAGGCUCUGAAGGGUAUGGUCUUCUAUGACUUUCGCAAGAUGACCGUAUCACAGUGUCAAGAUAGCUGUGCAGAAAGAAGUUACCUUUACGCUGGCCUGGAAUACGGUGCGGAAUGUUACUGCGGGAAUCGAGUAACGUCAGGCAACGCUCGUCAGGAGGAUUGCAACAUGGAAUGCAAAGGGGAGAAGCACACUAUCUGUGGAGGCGUGAAUAGAUUAUCGGUGUACAGAGUGGAAGACCUUCGCCCCAGCAGCAAACGAUAUAGGAAUGUUCUCUAUCGAGGCUGCUUCAAGGUACCGCAGAACCUCACGGUGGCCUUCCCCGUCCACCUGAGCCAGCCUAACCUGACUGUCGUGAAAUGCACAGAGUUCUGUACUAAAAAGGAGUUUCCUCUGAUUGUCAUCAGACGGACAGAAUGUUACUGCGGCUUUGCCACGUCCCGCUUCACGCUCCACAACGCUGUGGACGACCUUCUCUGCAGGAGGCCGUCGACUGAGGCGACAACGGGACUCGUGGAAGAUGAGAGUUAUUGUGUUAUCUACCAGACUGUCGUCCAAGAUAACAGAUGUACAGACAGGAAGUUUCUGCCGACAAAAACAAAGGGUCUGACUGCCCUCUCCAGCUUCCCUGGUGCUGGCAAUACCUGGGCUCGACACCUGAUAGAACACAGUACGGGAUACUACACUGGCAGCUACUAUUUUGAUGGCACCCUUUACAACAAGGGUUUCAAGGGGGAAAAGGACUACUGGAGAAGCGGCCGCACAAUCUGUAUCAAAACCCACGAGAGCGGGAAGAGGGAGAUCGAGACGUUUGAUGCCGCCAUCUUAUUGAUCCGAAACCCUUACAAGGCUUUGAUGGCGGAGUUCAAUAGAAAGCGAGCUGGUCAUUUGGGAUACGCAUCGGAGCGCCACUGGAAAAGCAAAGAAUGGCCGGAGUUUGUGGGCACCUAUGGGUCAUGGUGGGCCUCGCACACCCUGGACUGGCUGAGCUACUGCCGGAGGGUGCUGGUGGUCCACUACGAGGACCUGCGGAGGGACCUCUUGCCGCAGCUGAAGCGGGUGGUGGCCUUCCUCGACCUGACCGUGGACGAGGACAGGCUGCUGUGCGUCGAGACGCAGAAGGACGGGAGCUUCAAGCGUUCCGGGCUGCGGCAGAAAGACUUCGACCCCUUCACGUCCGAGAUGAAAGGCGCCAUCGAUGGCUACAUCGGGAUGGUGGACCGAGCCCUCAAGGGCAAAAACCUCUCUGGACUGCCGGAGGAAUAUGUUCCCGGAUGAGGGGUUUGGUGCGAGGAGAUCAAAUGACACCCCCCACCGUUUCAGCCUGCACGUGUGAAAGGUUGUUCCAAGACUGGCACCUGCCCUUCAGGAUCAGGAAGAAGGUAAAAAUAAUGAUGGUGCAUCACAGGAACUGGCCAAUGUGCCCUCGUGCGACGGGGGACUUGUGUGGAGAAGUUUUUAAAAGAAAUGUGAGGCGCAAAAUGCUGUGGUAACUCAGCGGGACAUGGCAUCUCUGGAUAGCGGCCUGUAG